GAGAGGAGUGAUUGACGGGUGACGUCAGGCCGGGGGUGAGCGAGUAGCAGCGCGAGAGGGGCAGAGAAAGAGAAAGAACGGGGCGCGCGCUCCGGGUCCGGGCACUGCCAUGAAGUUGCAAGUUAGUAACCAUUUCAUGUAGAUACUUUGUUUCUAUUCUUUAUUUUCGGGGGGGUUAUUGUAUCUUUUCUUUGCAUUGGGAUUGUUGCAAAGUCAGCAGAAGGGGCGGGGACAGGGGGGGAAUCCUGUGCACACACACACACACACAGAAACACACACACACACACACACACAACCCCCUCCCCCAGACAGUGAGACACACACCCAGACACACACACACACACACUUGCCAGGGCGCACUUGGAGAAGCCUCCAUACACUCACACACACACACACACACACACACACAGAGCCGCCGCCAUGUCGUCCGCGGCGGUCGCCUCGACCAGGAGACAGUCUUGUUACCUGUGCGACUUACCCCGCAUGCCGUGGGCGAUGAUCUGGGACUUCACGGAGCCCGUCUGCAGAGGAUGCGUCAACUACGAAGGAGCCGACCGCAUCGAGUUCGUGAUCGACACCGCCCGUCAGCUGAAGAGGGCACACGGAUUCCAGGAGGGCCGCUCGCCCGGUCCCGUCCCGACCCCGGGCAAAGCCACGCUGACGAAAGAGACGCCCGCUCAGCUGGUGCACUCGGUGGACAGUUGCUCGUCGCGCCCACCCCAGCCGUUGGACCGUUACCCCUUGGCCUCCGACCGGCCGCCUCCUCGCCUCGAAUUCCCGCCGUCCCGGCAGAACGGCACCGGCAACGUGUUGAACGGAUACUCGAAAGCCGACGAGCCGCCGGAGCUGAACCGGCAGAGCCCGAACUCGAGGCGGGCGCACGGUGCGCCGCCUCCGCCCAACCUGGUGCCCAUGGUGAACGGGAGCUCGCACCCUCUGCCGCCGCCGCCGCCGCCGCCAACUCACCCGCCGCACGGCGUCAACGGGCGGCUUGUGGAUGUAAACAAACGGCCCGGCGGCUCGGGCGCCGAACACGAGGCCAAGGACAGCAAGCACCGGGCCGACGAGCUGCCCGACAGCCUGAAGAGCCGGGGCGAUGACUGGGCGACCAAACCCAAGACGGUAAAGGACACGCUGCUCAGUCUGCCCGGCCACCCGCCCUUUGACGUCCGAUUCAAGAAGGAGCACGCCUUGCAGCACGGCCGGGUGCUCGCCUUCGAUGCCACAGCGUCGGCCAAAUCAGGUACCCGAGGAGGCCGCAAGAGGAAAGCAUCCCCCGAGCCCGAGUCCGAGGCACCCCUCGGCGGCAAGGUCAAUGGAGAGGGGCAGUCGUGGCUGCCGCUGACGGCCGACGGCCUGAAGAUGACCCCCGUGUCGUAUGCCCCGUCCCCUUCUCCGCACUCGACACCGCCGGACGCCGGGCAGAACGGACAGUCACCCAUGGCGGCGCUGAUCCUGGUGGCGGACAACGCGGGCAGCGUGCACUCACCCAAGGAGGCCGGCCAGGUGCACUCGACCACCCGCCGCAACAGCAGCAGCCCGCUGUCGCCAUCGUCGCUCAACCAGAGGCGACUGGGUCACCGGGACGUCCCGGCGCCGGUGGGCACCCCUCACCCGGGCAUGGAGCCGGUACACCCGCCAAACAUUCCAGACUCCUCGGUGCCCAGCAGCGUGCCGCUCUGCUGCACCAUAUGCCACGAACGCUUAGAGGACACUCACUUCGUGCAGUGCCCAUCCGUGCCUUCGCACAAGUUCUGCUUCCCUUGCUCCCGGGAGAGCAUCAAGCAACAGGGGGCCACCGGCGAAGUGUACUGCCCCAGCGGCGAGAAGUGCCCGCUGGUCGGUUCCAACGUGCCCUGGGCCUUCAUGCAAGGUGAGAUCGCCACCAUUCUGGCCGGAGACGUCAAAGUAAAAAAGGAGAGAGACCCGUGAUUCGUUUGUGUGUUUUGUGUUUUUUUUAAGAAAAGAAAGACACUCUUUUGAAACCUUCCCCCUCCCCCCAAAAAAACUGAUUAAUUGUAUAUAUUCCAACAAGUAAACAUGGCUGUAAAAUUUUGAUUUUCAAUACAUUGUCUUUCUAUAUUUUUUGAAGAUUACCAAGGUAUGUUCUCAUAAUGACCGUUCCCUAUUUUUUCUCUCUGUUGAUGUAAAUCGUUAUUAUACCUUAUUGGCGAAAUCUUUCUGUACUGGCCUUUUCUUGGUGACAGUAACUGUUAAAUGUAGAUUGCGACUAACAUUGCUUCCAGAGCACUUCGCAAAAAAAAACCCUGAAUGCUUCUAGCUGUACUUGUAUGCACUUGUUAAAAUUGCCAAAUACAGUUUUCUGGCAUUUUAUUAAUA